GGAUCAAAAGGGAAUCAGGUGUCACCAACUGUCAUGUAGUUCCUGAAUUAUGAUAAGACGUUUAACUUCAUCUCUAUUUUAAUCUAGGAGCAUAUUUUCUCUCUCUUUUGUUUCAUCCCUGGACUGGGAACGUGCUUUAUGCUAAAAAAUGCCUUCUAUGACAACAAGGUAUGUAUCAUAUAUUGGCACAGAGCAAGGAUGCCGAAGUGAUGUUGAAGAUGGGAAGCACCACAGACAAGCGCGAACAGUAUAGAUUGAUGAGAGAUGCAAUGGAAAAAAGGUUCAUCCGGAUUGCCAAAGGCUCACUAGUUGGCGGUGUUCGCCUUGGGAUGUUUACUGCCACAUUCUUUGGCAUACAGAACCUUCUUAUUGAGAAUCAUGGGGUACAUGACGUCUUCAACAUUGCUGGAGCUGGCUCAGCUACGGCGGCUACUUUUGGGCUUAUCUUGCCAGGUUCAAUGAUGUGGCGUGCAAGGGUAGCACUUGUCGGAUCUGCUUUUGGUGCUGUAUCCGCUUUUCCCCUUGGCUGGAUACAGUUGAAGCUUGAAGAAAUGGUUGCAAAAUCGAAAUCGGCAUCCAAAUUGACAGAGGAGAAAGGAAACCAAAGCCGUGUGGGUGCUGUUAUAGAAUGACUUGAGGGCAGUCUGAAGAAGUAACAUUUACCUUCAGUGGCCCUUUUCUCUUUUUAAGUUCCAUAAAAUGUAGCAAUUACAAGAAUUGUGCUCCACUGACUCAAUACCUCUCAGUGUUGCCUUUCUUUUCCUUGUGUUGCUAUACUUCUCAUGUUAAUGUCAUCAAAUUUGAUGUAUGGCACUUUUGAUGUAGAAUACGACUUGCCUGAUCUGGGUUGUUCUGCGUUCAAUUUUAU